AUGGAGACGACUGCUUUUUAUUUCAGAUACACCGUGGAGGCAAUCUACGUCCACGCCGGCACCACCCAGUCAAGCGCCGACUCUGACGUGGUGGUGUCAGUAACCGACGUGAUCGUUCACGACAGCUUCGAUGAGAUGGCGUACACGAACGACAUCGCCCUGCUCAAGUUGGCGCAACCGCUGUCGUUCUCGUCGACCAUACAGGCGGUCUCUCUUCCGUCAUCGGGCCAGCAGACGUCUCCCGGCACCACAGCCACCGUGGUCGGCUGGGGAACAACCGAGUCGUCCACAUCCGUCGCCAGUGCCCUGCUAAAGGUUGACGCCCCUGUCUGGUCGGACGCAGACUGCGCGGCAACGUAUGAGUACUACUUCAUGUCCCCGAGGGAGACCAACAUCUGCGCUGGAGAAGCCGACAGAGGAGAAUGUGGGGGAGAUGGUGGUGGUCCGCUGCUGGUGAACGGUCAGCAGGUGGGUAUCACCUCCUGGGGUGGUUACGACUGUGCAACUGCAGACUCGCCAGGUGUCUUUACUGAAGUUUCCUACUACGUCGACUGGAUCAAUCAGAACGCAGUCUGA